AGCCUGGUUACUACAGAGACGCGUCUAAGUUCAACCUGGUAGGAGAUGGUCCAGAGUAUCGGCUGGAGAUUCCCGAUGCCAAGUUAGACUUCACUGGAACGUAUACCAUUUACGCCAAGAACUGCCACGGAGAUGCUAAAGCAAUAAUUUCCCUGCAAGUUAAAGUCAGAGAUCCCAGUAUGCCAGUAGGAUCAAUGGACAGGAAGAAGAUGGGAGAGGUUAAAACUAUUCCGAAAAUUGUGACCGAGCUAAGAGAUAUUCGUUGUUGUGACGGAGAUUCUGCAACAUUGGAAUGCGUAGUAGAGGCGAAUCCACCACCAGAUAUUAGAUGGGAAAAAGCAGGAAAGUUGAUUCAUCUUGGAAGCGACUUCAAUGCAGACUUUGAUGGCGAAACAGCAAAAUUAUCGAUAAGACAAGUUUACCCUGAAGAUGAGGGAGAAUAUACUUGCGUCGCUUACAACGAGCUAGGAAAAGCUUUUACUUCCUCAUGCCUAGUUGUGGACUUACCCGAAGAGAAGGAUACCCUACUCCAACAGCAACUGCGUCGCCCCGCCGGUCUCCUGGACACCCCCACUCCUUCAUCAACUCCUAGGUCCACCCCUAUUCGCAGUGUAUCCCCCCACAUUCGCCGUAGGGAGGUGCCGCCCCCAAGCGCGACAUCGCCUGUUGAAAGGGUGAGACGGAUCAGGGCCACUGCUCCUAAGUUCUAUGCCAGACCUCACGAUAGGGUUGCUGAAGAAGGGGAGACUGUUAGGUUUCAGUGCGCUGUAGCUGGACAUCCAGAUCCAUGGGUGAUCUGGGAAAAAGACGGCCAAACUGUGACCCCUACAGCCAGAAUCAAGAUUACCGAAAAGGAAGACCUUCGUAUUUUGGAAAUAUCAGAAGUCACUACCAGUGAUUCUGGAUCAUACAGGGUGAUUCUGGAGAACGAUGUUGGCAGAACUGAGGCUUCUGCAAGGCUCGAUGUCAUAAGACACAGACCCUAUUCUUCAAGAGGGAUUAGAGCUAGGAGUUUAUCUCCUAGAACCACCCCGUUCUACUCUAGGGGUCUUAUGGGGACAACUGCACUCUUAGGUAGCAGAGCAAGACUGUAUUGCGACUUGAGGGCCAGUCCUUCGCCGUCAAUUAGAUGGUACAGGGACGGGGUAGCCCUCGAGGACACUACAAAAUAUCGAACAACUUACGAUGGAAAAACCGCUGUUUUGGAGAUAGAACGAGUUAAUAAGGAUGACGCGGGAAUCUACACUUGCGUGGCUAAAAACAAAAAUGGCGCAGCUGAAACAGUUGGUAGUUUGGUCGUGAAUGAGUUUAUGCCACCGGAAAUUCUCGAGGAUUUGCCUAGGAAUGUCAGUGUUAUUGAGGGAACACCUGUCAAUCUAAAAAUGAAAGUCCGUGGAAAUCCCCCAUACGACGUUAUCUGGAGCAAAGAUGACUGCAUUUUGCCUGUGAGCAGCGGUGAUUUCAAGCAAACCGUCGAUCAGGAAAAAGGUAUAAUCACUAUGAGGAUUUCAGACGCUCAUGGGGAUCAUUCUGGGAAGUACAGGUGCGAAGUGUAUAAUUUGUAUGGAGACGCAGCUUCCACCUCUCUCAUUGACGUUCAUGGAGAAUUAGCUUAUGGAAUACGUCCCUAA